AUGAAGAGGAUAAAGUCUUCUCUAGGCUUUGCCUUGCUCCUAGCUACAACAACUAUCGCUGACCCCGGCUUCAACAUCAAUACCAACAACAUCGGACCCGGCGUGCAAGGAAGGAAGGUCGAUGACCUAGAGUAUGGCGCGGUGGAUGCAGUAGCCAGGGCGCAGAAAGAGAAAAGAGGAGGGUUGGCGGAUGCUGUGGAAAGGGUUGCGCAAAACCAACCACUCGAUAUCAGCUCUCUGCUCAAUGGUGCCGGUCAGGGACAGGGCGCAGCGGGAUCUUUGGCGGGUGGUCAACAGGGUGGUGAAGGCAUCGAUGCGAACGCGAUCAUCAACGGCUUAACGGGCGCUCAGCAAGGUGGAAGCAACAAUGCGAACGCCGCAGCAGCAUCGAAACAGGGUCAAGGUCAAGGUCAAAGCGCUGCCGGAGCUCAGGUCGGUGGUCAGUCAGGUGGCGAGGGCAUCGAUGCGAACGCGAUCAUCAACGGCUUGACGGGUGCGCAGCAAGGCGGGAAGAACAACGCGAACGCCACCGCCGCAUCGAACCAGGGUCAAGGUAUGGAAAAAGGCGCUGCCGGAUCCCUCAGCGGUGGUCAACAGGGAGGAGAAGGGAUUGACGCGAACGCGAUCAUCAACGGUCUCACAGGAGCGCAACAGGAUGGCGCCGGCAAAGCGAACGCUGCUGCAACUGGUUCCGGACAAAAUCAAGGGCAAGCUUCCGCCGAUCUGGGUGCCCUUCUCGCAGGACAAGACCAGCAGCAGAAUGGCAUCGAGGGUCUUGCCGCAAAUGCCCUUCUCAACGGUCUCGCACAAGGUCAGGGUCAGGGUCAAGGUCAAGGUCAAGGUGGAAACCGCCAAGGUGCCACUGGAGCCAACGCUGGAGACGCCAACAGCCUUGUAAACGACCUUUUGAACGGUGCAAGUGGUCAACAAAACGCCCCAGGCAUUGCUGACAUACUGGAUGGCCUCAACGGACAGAAGCAGGGCCAGGGAAAGGGCCAGGGCAACGGCGUAGAGAUCAUUCAGAUCAAGGAGACGAUCGUGCAACAGAUCAACGGAGGUGGAGCAGCCAAAGAAACCGUCAUUGAGAGUGCGGGUAACGCGAAAGAGACUGCUGCGGCGAAUGCUACGGUUACACUUGCUGAAUCUUCGCUGAUGCUCUCACUGCUGGGCUCUACCCAAUCUACCCAGGAAGGUGGCGCGAAAACGACAGCAGCAGAGACGACAGCAGCAAAUACAACAGCAGCAGGGACGUCCGCCGCUGCCGCAAUCACCGUCAUCGCAUCCGGCGGUACCGGUAACGGGGCGCAAGGGAAUGCCGCGAACGCAACGACCUCCGCGGCCAAAUCGAUCAACACGUCCGGUUUGAGCCAGGAUGGUCUCGUAGCAGGAACAACCACGAGUAAGGCUGGAAGUGCCGUCACCGUGGAAGCAGGAAGCGGAGGAGCCAACUCUACCAAAGCUGCUUCAGCUGCUGCUGGUGGAGUUACUGUCGUGGCUGGAAAUGGGAGUUCAACCUCUGUCGCAGCGGGACUGGCAACCAGCUCCACCUCUGCAGCUGCAGCGGGAGCAGCAGCACAAGCCAGCGCUAUCACUGUCGUGGCAAGCAACAGCACGGCAGCAGGCGCAGCUGCAAUUGCUCCUGGUCUACCCACAUCCUCGACAUCGGCUAAGUCUAUCAACUCUGCAGCACUCACUCAGGCCGGUCUUGUGGGAGCUACCACCGUCUCUGCAGCCAGCAGUGCAGUUACAGUCCUUGCUGGAAGCGGAGGAAACGGUACCGCUGCGGCAGCUGCGGCGAACGGUGGCCUAUGCAACUGUGCGUGCAGUUGCCCCGCAGCCGCAUUCCCUAUGUCCGCCCCCUCGGCCGCUCCCUUCCAGCUCAUGCCGGCGGCGAUGGGCUCGAUGAGCUCGCCUUCUACCAUGCAGACCCAGGCUGUCACAGUCGUUGCAGGCGGAAGCGCACCCGCCAACGCGCCUCAGGCCGCAGCCAGCUCCUCCGCCGCGGCGCCCAUCAACUCCGCCACGCUUACGACCGCCGGACUAGUUGGCUCGAGCACGACCUCUGCGGCGGCAGCUGGCGUUACUAUGCAGGCAAGUUCCGGAGCAAGUAGUGUUCCAGUGCAGUCACAAGUCGCCGGAUCAUCGACCGCGACGCUCCAGGAGAACAGGCUCCCGUUCGAUAUCUCGACCAUUGCGCUGCAGAGCAAGGUUACUGUCAACUUGGGUAAAAGGGCUGCACAGCCCACGGAAAAGAGGAGGUGGUUGUACUAG